AAGUCUUCUGUAUUUUGUUGUUCUUGGCGUCCCUGGUUGAGUCUCAUCAGAAUUCAAAUGUCUCUUCAAGUUUCGUUUUUCUGGCAUGAUGAUUUUGUAACUGUAUUAUGACAGUGUCUGAUCAUCAACUGCAUCCGUUUCGUUUUUCACUUUCAGCCAAUCAGAGCUGCGGACGUUCAUCCGACGUCCGUUACAUCUGAGCUAGGGCAGAUGCAACAGGUUGCAGGUUAGGUCAGUUGCGUGAAAGCAGGUUUGCAGGUUAGGAGGAUACAAUGUUUAAAUUCGCCGUCUACUACUUGUUUGAUAAAACACUUAAAGUGGAAAGUACGUCGGUCAUUCUUGGUAGCGACCAGUUCACCCAAGUGGCAUCCCAGCCGGACUUAGAUGACGAUGCGAACUGGAUUGAAAUAAAAUGGCCCACGAGAAAAGAACCAAACAGGACGGUGCCUGCUAAGGUGCUGUUAUUUGGAGAUUCCUACAAAGAACUUGUGUCGAAGAAGAAUUUAUUCCUUCUCGGUAAGGAUAUCUGGGCCAAGGAAGAAAGAAGGGGUGUGCGCAUGAAAAAGAAGAUGUGUGAGACCGACGUAGUGAAGCCUAAAACGUCCCAACAGGCAGAGCAAACCAGGAUUAAAGAGGCAGCCAGGGACCAGGUGUUACAAAACCUGAAGACUUGCCUGUCUCAGAAAAGGGCCCUGGACACACAAGAUCACCUCUACAGUUCUGAGAACGAAUCUCCACAACGUGUUCAUGGGGGAAAGCGAGCAAAGAUUAACAAGGCAGCAAGACGUGUGCUUUUACCCCUGGCAUCCAGUCCAACUUCUGAUGACGCUACAUCCAUAGGAAGUCCACAACGGCAUGACAUUUUUCAAGACCAUGCCUCAGAUGAAGAGUUGGGUUUCUCCCAAGCCCAGAGAAUGGCAAGUACAUUUACAUUGAAUAUUAUAUUAUUAUGGUAAAAUUAUAUUAUAUUGAAUGAAUAGGUCAGGCAAAGGACAGAGAUCUUACACCCAACUGCAUGGAAAACUUAAUCUCACAAUUGUUACAUAUCUUAUUUU